GAUGGCGCUACACGUGUGCCUGAAUUCUCUUCAAUAUGACCUUUCUCUCUCUCUGUAGAAAGCGUGCUUCAAUGACAUUCUAGUUACUGAUGUAAGGAAAUUUGUAUUGGUUCUGAGGAAGAUAUAGAAAUGGCUUUAUAUUCUUUAUUUCGAUCUGUCAGGUCUGAAGUAGUCAAGGGAUGUCUCACGCAGCAUGUUCAGUCUCUCUACACCAGCUGCCCGAGUUUAGCAGCGGAUAAAGCACUUCUCUUGAAAUUACGCAAAUCUACGGGCUACACCUUCAUCAACUGCAAAAAGGCACUGGAGAAAUUCAACAAUGACAUUACACAGGCAGAAAGCUGGCUGCAUGAACAAGCACAAAAGGAGGGCUGGAACAAAGCAAACAAACUGGAAGGUCGGAAAGCCAAGGAGGGGCUGAUUGGUCUCAUUAAGGGUGGCAAUGCAGCUGUCAUGGUUGAGGUGAACUGCGAGACAGAUUUUGUGGCAAGGAAUGAGAAAUUUCAGCAGUUGGUGAAGGAUGUUGCUUUGUCAAUAAUGGCUCAUCACUGCAGCAAAAAGCAGACAGGGUAUUUUAAGAGUGAGCUGUCUUCUGAGGACAUUUCAAAGCUCCACAUUCCUGACGGACCCUCACUGGCAGAUCAGGUAGCCUUGACUAUAGGGCGAUUAGGUGAGAACAUUGGCAUGCGGCGGGCCGUAUCACUUGUAGUGCCCUCUGAUUGGCAUAUUGGCUCAUAUGUUCAUGGGAUGGUUCCUGGGCAGGUUGGCAUUGAUAUGGGGCGCUAUGGAUCACUAGUUGUUUUUCAAGGUGGACCUAAGGAAGGGACAGACACUCUGGGAAGGAAGCUGGGGCAACAUAUAGUGGGUGAAGCACCUGUUUCUCUUGGCAACAUGGACGAUAUACCAUGCGGUGAAUCUGAGACGAGACUUUUGCCCCAGACCUUCCUCCCAGAUCCCAAAUACACCGUGGGACAGUACCUGAUUUCACAGGAUGCACGUGUGCUAGACUUCAUACGUUACAAGUGUGGAGAGAGUCAAGAGGAGUGAGCAGAGCCAUUUGAAUGAGAAAAUAAAAGGCUUGUAAAAAUAUGAAUUAUAUUUCCUUGAAGGAUAAACUUCAAUUUAUAAAUCAGCUUAGUUCAAAACCAUAUUUUCAGCAAAAUGUAUCUAAAAAUUCAUUCUUUUUUCCAUGCCAUAUUCAUGAUAUAACUGCUGCGUUAGUCCCAACAACAAUUUUAAUUUAUUCAUGAAUGGAAAAAAUAUGAAAUGCAAAGUGGUCUAAUAGACAUUGCUGUUUUGACACUGACAUGUUACUGGUAAGAACUCUGACUCAGAUGAGUUAAUCUAAGCAACUGUGACACCACAAAAAAAUAAAAAAUUUACAAUCUGAAAUACUGAUGUCAUAGAUUUUGAUUUUAUUAAAUAGAAAAUUUUAUAGUAUGACCACCUAUAGUUAAGCAGUUGACUUGGGCAGUGUCUUUGUAGUUGAUCAAAUGCUUUACUGCCACCUUCUGACGAGUUUAUUUCGCUAGGAUAAUUAAACAUCCUUAUGUGCUCUUGUCCACCCUGACUGAAUCUUUAGUGCCAUCUAAUGGAGUGCAAGAAGAAUUUUGAAUAUUUCAUAUUUGUUAUGUUUUAGAAUGUGCAUGUAAAUUCACUUAUGUUUAAAAAUUGAAAAGUAUAAAUGAAAUGUAUAGUGUCGUAAGUCUAAAGAAAAUGUGGAAGAAAACA